AUGGAGAACUGCGGCUGGUCUCUCGGCAUGUUCUUCCGUGUCUUCGGCAUGUUCGUCCGUGUCUUCGGCAUGUUCGUCCGUGUCUUCGGCAUGUUCGUCCGUGUCUUCGGCUUGAUUCCGCCCGAGAGUCACGAGCAGCCGCGAACUGAGGAUAUCCUGCAUCUUUCCUUGCUAAACAUUCAGUCGUUGACCUAUAUCAGCCAACACUUCACGCUAGACUCGUGCACUAGAACUCUCCGUCUCUUCCGGUAUCCGUCCAUCUGCGUUCUCGCUUCAUCCGGCGGCGGCUACCAGAAGCUGAUCCAGAGUUCGCGCCCAAGAGUCACGGAGGAUCUGUAUCCAGCCCGCUACAGCCUGCAUCGAGAGGUUCUGCUUUCCCUCCGAUUCAUCCUCGGCAAGACACGGGGGUCUAGGAAGUUGGCCAGGAAGGCCAUACUCUUGAUGCCCCGUGAGGACCGCGAUCCAGCCCUGAAAAGCCUGUUGCAGAGCAACCUGGACGCCAUAAUUGCGCCGUCGUCUGGAGAUGCCACUUCGAGAGGGAUCACCAGGCAAGACUUCCUCACGCCGUGGGGCGAGUUCCCGCUGCUGGGAGAGAGGCUGCUCGACAUCCAGAGAUACAACGAGCAGCAGCGGGCGUCGAGCACGAAGGCAUUAAUCAGAGACAAGCUCAACCCGGCACGGUGGUGUUCUCUAUAG